CACAGCUUGGCGCGGGCGGUGGCGCGGGCGGUUAAGCGGCAGGUACAAACACAGGGAGCAGGAGCAAAUGAUGAGGAAAUUUAUCUUUUGGCUUUAAUUGCAAAAGAAGAUGCUAAAGAUGAGGGAAAAUGCGAAGAAAAAUUGAAAAAAUAUUGCAAAGAAUUAAGUGAAACAAAUCUAACACCAGAAAAAGUACACGAAAAAUUAAAAGAUUUCUGUGAUAAUGGAAAACGAAAUAAAAAAUGUAAAGAACUCAAAACAGCAGUCACUCAAAAGUGCAGUGAAUUUAAAACAAAAUUGGAAGGAUUGGUGAAAAAAGAUGCCUCAGGCUUGACAAAUGAUGAUUGUAAAGAGAAUGAACGACAAUGCCUAUUUUUGGAGAGAGCAUGUCCUAGUGAUCUUACAGAGAAUUGCAACAAACUAAGGAAUCUAUGUUACCAGAGGAAACGUGACGGAGUAGCAGAAGAAGUCCUUUUGAGGGCGCUUCGCGGAGAUUUGAAUGACAAACCUGGAUGUGAAAAGAAAAUCAAAAAUGUUUGCUUAAAAAUAAGCCAAGAAAGUGAUGAGUUGACAAUGUUGUGUCUUGAACAGGAAAAAACAUGCGCAAAUCUUGUAACAAAAGGAAAAAGUAAAUGUGAUACUCUUAAAAAAGUUGAAGCACUUAAGAAAGAUGAAUUACGAGAAAAAUGCCUACCAUUACUUGAGAAAUGCUAUUUUUACAAAGAGAAUUGCAAAGCAGACAAAUCAAAGUGUGAUGAAUUGGAAAAGAAAUGUCAAGAACAAAGUAUUGUUUAUAUACCACCAGGACCCGAUUUUGAUCCAACUAAACCAGAGGCUACGCUAGCAGAAGAUAUAGGGCUGAAAGAGUUUUAUAAGGGGGCAGAAGAGGAUGGAGUUUUUAUUGGAAAACAACAAGUAAGAGAUGCGACAGCUUUGUUGGCGUUGUUAAUUCAGGACCCAAGUGCAGCAGGUAAUGAUAAUAAAGAAAAAUGCAAAAAAGCUCUUGAAAAAAAAUGCAAAACCCCUCAAGAACAUGAGACCUUGAAAAGUUUAUGUAAGGAAAGUGGUCUAAGUGAUGAUGGAACGAAAAAAUGUGAUGAACUAGAAAAAGAUAUCAAAAGAACAUGUGAUAUUCUCACGCCAAAGCUUACAAAUAAUCGUCUUUUUGACCCAAAAAAAGGAAAUAAUGGAAUUAUUGGAUGGGGAGGGUUGCCAACAUUUCUUAGCAACGAAGAGUGUGCAAGAUUAGAAUCUUAUUGUUUUUAUUUUAAAGGAAGCUGUCCAGAUGUCAAAGAAGCUUGUAUGAAUGUGAGGGCAGCGUGCUAUAAGAGAGGGCUUGAUGCACGGGCACAUAAAGUGCUUCAAGAAAAUAUGCGUGGAUUAUUGCGUGGUUCAAAUAAAACCUGGCUUAAGAAAUUUCAACAAGAAUUAGUAAAAGUAUGUGAGAAAUUGAAAAAAGAAAAUAAAGGAAGUUUCUCAAACGAUGAAUUAUUUGUUCUGUGUGUACAACCAGCAAAGGCAGCACGGUUACUUACACAUGACCAUCAAAUGAGGACUGUUUUCUUACGUAAACAAUUGGAUCAAAAGCGAGAUUUUCCAACAGAUAAAGAUUGCAAGGAAUUAGGAAGAAAAUGUGAAGCUUUGGGAGAUGAUUCAAAUCAAAUUCAGUGGCCAUGUCAUACACUAAAGCAGCAAUGUGAUCGCUUGGGGACUACAGAAAUUUUGAAGCAGGUUUUACUAAAUGAACACAAGGGUACUUUGAAGGAACAGAAAAAAUGUGAAAAAUAUUUGAAAGAAAAGUGUAAUAAAUGGCUUAGAAGGGGAAACAAUCAUUUUUCUCUUGUGUGUGUUUUUCUGGAAAGUACGUGUAAGCUGAUGGUAGAUGAUGUACAAGAUAGAUGCAAAGUAUUUGAAGAAAAUAUAAAGAAUUCAAAAAUUAUUGAAUUUCUUGGAAAUAAUAAAAAUAAAAUAACAAUACUGGAAAGAAAUUGUUCUUCCUGGUAUCCGUAUUGCAAUAGAUUUUCACCUAAUUGUCCAGAUCUUACGAAAGGAGAUACUUGUACAAAAAUCAAGGAGCAUUGUGAACCAUUUUAUGAAAGAAAAGCCUUGGAAGAUGCUCUCAAGGUAGAGCUUCAAGGGAAUUUAAGUGAUAAAUCCAAAUGUAAACCUGCAUUAAAAAGAUAUUGUGCAGUAUUAAAAAAUGUAACUAACACGUCAAUUAGGGUUAGGGUUAGGGUUAGGGUUAGGGUUAGGGUUAGGGUUAGGGUUAGGGUUAGGGUUAGGGUUAGGGUUAGGGUUAGGGUUAG